AUUUAUUCUCUCAAAUAUAUAUAUUACUGAUCUUUGCAAUGCAAUCACAACGUACGCGUAGUAGAAGUGACUACGACAUUGUCGCUAUAUCUAGCAAGAAAAACAAAAUUCGACAGCGGCAUUACUCAGAUCAUGAGAGUAGAAGGUCAAGAUUGCCGAGUUACGAGACAACUUCUGGUUACGAGACUAUGACUACCGAAAAUGGGUCUUCAACCCGUUCUUCAAAGUUGAAAAUUGCCAAAGAGCUAGAAUACCAACAAUCACAACAUAGAUCGCCACCCCCAAAGUAUGAAGAGAUAUAUCCGACUUUUGUGAACUUGAAUAUCAGUGAUGACGGCAAUUUGAACUCUUCCGGCUCUUACGAUACCUCUGAUAUUACCCGCCGUUCUGACACAUCCCGGCAGCGGUCUCGUGGCCAUUCUCGCCGAAGGACUCCAUAUGUUUCAUCAGAGAUAGGAAGCGAUUUUACUUUAACAUAUUCUGGACGAGGUGGAGGCAUAAACGCACCUGAAAUUGAGUACAUAAGUAGUUGCAGAGUGAAUGACAGUAAUUCCGCAAUGAGGUUAAACGUCGAAGGCCACGAUGUUGAUUACCAGACUGUCCAGCCUCCAACAUCGGAUGAAGCUCAAUAUGCACUUCGUCAAUGGGCCAAGAAAAAGACGUUGUGCAGUCACAAACAAGCGAGCAGAUGCAAAAUUGUAGGAACUCACACUUGGUGUGCUUUCCGGUAUACUUUGUGGACUCACAUGGAAGAAAGAAGGUGUUUUAAAAAAACGAAGCCUUACAAAAAAGGUCAAAAGAUUGAUAAAAGAAACGGGCACGAAGUGGAUAUAUAUGACAUUGAAGUCACUCCACCAUCGGAUUUCACUGAGACAAUUCGAAAUAUAAAAAUUCCUCAUUCUGAACAAUUGCGUAAAUGUGAAAAGUGCUCGGGAAACGGAACAGUGUCAUGUUCUGAAUGUGGAGGUUGUGGUACUGUGCCUUGCAUGAGGUGUCACGGAUCUCCUGGAGGACGCAAUUACGGAUGUCAUUGUCACGGAGAAGGAGUAAGAUGUGGGAGUUGUGGUGGGCAUAGAAGCGAACUUUGUAAAUUCUGCCGAGGAAGUGGUCAAGUUGUUAGCUACAAAGAGCUUGAAGUCAGAUGGACAAAUGCCAUAAGUGAUUAUAUCGACGAACAUCCAGAAGUUCCAACUAGACAUCUGCUAAAUGAAAAGGGAAUACGCGUUCACCGCAGAAAAGCAAGAGAACUCAAACCACUCCAAGAGACAGAUAUUUUGCACAAAAAGAUACGUCAUGUUUCAAAAACAGAACUUGCCAAACACAACUUGUCUGAUAGCGUGAACCUGGAGCAAAGAGAUGUCGUUGAACUGGUUCCGGUGCAUAGGAUGGACUGUGUCUACAAACAGAAGCAAUUUUGGUUUUACAUGAUCGGAGAAAAUAACAAAAUCUAUGCACCUGGAUACCCAGGAAACAUCAUUGGUGGACUAAAUUGUUUUCGCUGAUUCUGCAUUCGUUUGUGCUUAUUAAGUAUAGUACUUGUUUUUUUAAGAAAAAAUAAAAAUACAAACAUUUAUGUGAAUGCAUGAUAUUAGUUAUUAACAGUUUUGUGAUUUCAGUCCGAUACAAAGUUGACUCGAUUGUGUUUGUACAAUUGUUUAGUACAAAUUGGUUCAUCUUUAUUGAAUAUUGUAACACUUAAUUUGUAUAUGAGUUAUCAAAAUACUAUUUUGCUACAUUUCAACUAAAGUACAAAGGAAUUUUUUCAGUAAUUUUGUUUAAUAUAUCAACAAGUACUAUCUUUCAGAACUUUCCAUUCUUAAAUUAUUUGUUAUGACACUACAAAUAAAUAUUAAACAAAUAUAUAAGAAGCGGAGUUUUGAAUUAAGUAAUUUCAAAUGUCACAACGUGUCGCAUUAUUUAACGUGUUUUUAAAACAAAACAAUUGGAUAGAUGUGAGAAUAUCCUUUACUUUUGCAUAUAUAUAUAUACAUAUUGCACUUAAUUUUGAGUACUUUCUGCCGCGCUUGCAAUCAACAUUUUUUAUUUGCCACACAAUUCAUGUUUUCGGUGUUUUUUUUUGUAUCUUGCAUUGUUGAAUGUAAAUUGUACGAGAUUAUAUAAUUAACUUUUUGUGUCUAAUAUGCUUUUUUAUAAAUAUAAAUAACAAAAUGUUUUGACUGAA